UUCUCCCAUCUGCUCCCUUAGCGUGUCUUUUAAUUAGUCAACACUCUCUCUCUCUUAAAUAUCUCAGUAGUACCAUUCCAGACGGAUCCCUCUCCUUAACCCUCUUAACGGUUCUACGCCAUGAUGUAUUACACAGUAAACACUAUGCUCCUCCUUCUCUCCCUCCAAAUUCGCUUUCUCUAACUAACCAAACAAACAUACAAAAACAAAAACAAAAAAAUCUAAAAUAAAAAUCAUAAAUUCCAACAAUCUCACCACCAUCCCAAGCUUCCUCUGCAAUUCUCUAAUGGCGACGCCACAGAUUCUAAACAACAACAACAACAACAUCGCGAAGAUCAGCAGAAAGCCGCAGCCGAAGCAGCUCAUCUGCUUCUCCUUCGCCGCCUACGCCAAGAGCCUCAUCUCUCACCUCCGAUCCUCCGACGUCCCCGUCUCCGACGGCCUAUCCGACGUCGAAUUCUCCUCCGUCGAGUCCCUCCUCAACUUCACCUUCCCUCCCGACCUCCGCGCCAUUCUCCGCGAAGGCCUCCCGAUCGCCGCUGGCUUUCUGAACUGGCGAUCCUCGUCUCCGCAGCAGCUCCGUGUUCUUCUCAACCUCCCUGUCCUCUGCAUCCUCAAGCAAGUCUCUCGCCGGAGCUUCUGGUCGGAAUCUUGGGGACGGAGACCCGGCGAUGUCAACCUCGCCUUGGAAUUGGCCAAACAAGCCUUGAGAAAAUCUCCGAUCCUCGUCCCGAUCUUCCGGAACUGCUACAUUCCUUGCUCGCCGAGCGAGUCGGGGAAUCCGGUUUUCCACGUCGAUGCCGAGAGUGUACGGAUUCUCAGCUUCGACAUUACCGGAUUCUUCCAGGAUUUCGGGUUCUUGAAUUCGAAAGUCAGCGUCGUUCCGGUUUGGGCGGCGAAGUCGGCGCGGAGGAUCGAGUUCUGGUCUGAGGCGGCAGAGAGGAGGAAAUUCACGGCGGCGCGUGGCGCGUGGUGGAGCGGCGAGUUGGGAGGGUGCUUGGAGGAGGUUUUCUGGAGGUUGAGGGAGGGAGGGUGGGAGGAGGAGGAGGUGAGGGAGAUGCUGAUGAUGAUGGACGGCUGUGAUCUUGUUGACCGGAAGAGGGAGAUGAAUAAGAAGAAUCUGACGGCAAUGAUCGAGUGUGAAGAAAAAGAGGGAGUGACGUGGCACGUUAGGACGCUCUCGCUCGCUUUGUUGCGUGCGGGGUGGACCACGGAGGAUGUGGUGUACUCGCUGGAUUUUCAAAACGACAAAGAUGUCGUCGUUUUGGAUGGGAAAUCUGGUUGGUGUUCUAAGCUAAGGGAUCAACAAGAGAGCAGCAUCAACCGCCUGAUGCACCUCCAGUCUCUUGAGGUUUGACUUUGAUGCACCUCCAGCAUCAACCCGCAUUGUUUAUAAUGUGAUAAAUGCGUCUUCGCCAUGUGGUGAUUUCCAUCUGACCGUUGGAUCCGUUGACUACCAAUUGGGUCAUCACAUGCUUAAUAACUUUUUUUUUUUUUUAAAUACAGA